AAGCCGUUGGGUCAGUAUAUACAGGGGCAAACAGACGUGAACGAUGGUUAGAAAGUUGAAGCAUCAUGAGCAGAAGCUCCUGAAGAAAGUGGACUUCCUGGACUGGAAACAAGACCAGGGCCAUAGAGAUGCGCAGGUGAUGAGAACGUACCAUAUACAGAACCGUGAGGAUUAUCACAAGUACAACAAGAUCUGUGGUGAUAUCCGGAAAUUGGCUCACAAGCUAUCUCUACUACAGCCGAAUGACCCUGUCCGUAUCAAGCAUGAGCAGCUGCUACUGGAGAAGCUGUACAGCAUGGGUAUUCUCUCUACAAAGUCCAAGAUCUCGGACCUGGAGAACAAGGUCACAGUGAGUGCGAUAUGCCGUCGUAGAAUUGGGGUUGUGAUGUGUCGUUUGAGGAUGAGUCAAAACAUGAAAGAUGCCGUGACGUUUGUGGAACAAGGACACGUCAGAGUAGGUCCAAACGUAAUAACUGACCCUGCUUAUCUCGUUUCCAGAAGCAUGGAGGAUUAUCUAACCUGGGUCGACACGAGUAAGAUCAAGCAGAAUGUUCUCAAGUACAGAAACAAGAUUGAUGACUUUGACUUGGCAUGAUUUACGCUUCUAUCUUUAGAA